CUUUUAGGUACAAGGUUUCGGGCUUAACAUUCGGCCCGAUUUUAAGCCCAAGUGAGCGCCACCUUCACCUUCUUUUUAUGAUUUUCCAAAUUUAUGCAAAGAUCUGUCGCUUUCCUUUUUGUGGUUUUCCGUUCUUUUACAAAACGCCGGGAGUAUUCUCCGCCCGGACGGCCGCCUGAUUCCAGGGGAGCAAGGGGCCUCGGUAAUUGAAUUCCAUUUCCUUUGCUUACCACGAUGGACUCUAACGUUGGUGACCACUCAUUCCAAGUUUCUGCUGAGACUGAGAAGUUUUUGUGCGGGCAAUUGUUGGAUCAGAAUCAGCCUAUCGCAGAGCGGUUCAGAGCCCUCUUCUCUCUCCGUAACCUUCGUGGUGCCGCUCCCAGAAAUGCCCUUAUACAAGGAGUCAGCAUAGAUUAUGAUUCGGAAACAUCAACCAGAGAUACUUCAAACCUGCUUGCCCACGAGGCAGCAUUUGCUUUGGGGCAGAUGCAAGAUGUAGAAGCCAUCCCUGCUUUAGAAGCUGUGCUGAACGAUCUUUCAUUGCACCCCAUUGUUCGCCAUGAGGCAGCAGAAGCUCUUGGUGCAAUCGGCUUAGACAGCAAUGUUUCACUUCUUAAAAAGAGUUUGGCUUCUGACCCAGCUCAAGAAGUUCGAGAAACGUGUGAGCUAGCCUUAAGUCGGAUUGAGAAAGUAAAGAACACAUCUGUUUCUACAUCAUCUCCUUUUUUAUCAGUUGAUCCCGCUGCUCCUGCUAAUUGUUCUUCCAUACGAGAGCUGAGGGAAAUUCUAUUAGAUGAAGGAAAGUGCAUGUGUGAGCGUUAUGCAGCUCUUUUUGCUCUUAGGAAUCUUGGGCAAGACGAAGCUGUUUCUGCUAUUGUUGAGUCCCUAGGUGCAAAUAGUGCUUUGCUACGACAUGAGGUUGCUUAUGUUCUGGGCCAACUGCAGAACAAGAAAGCUUCAGAUGCGCUUUCUCAGGUUCUUAGAGAUGUAAACGAACAUCCUAUGGUUAGACAUGAAGCAGCUGAGGCUCUUGGUUCUAUUGCAGAUGAUCAAUGUGUUUCUUUGCUCGAGGAAUUCGCCAAGGAUGCCGAGCCUAUUGUGUCACAGAGCUGUGAAGUCGCGCUCAGCAUGCUGAACUUUGAGAGAUCAGGAAAAUCAUUUGAGUACCUUUUUAUGCAGGCGCCUCAAGUUGAGCAAGCUUCGUGUUAAAGUCAGAUGGUUGCUUAGUGAACUAUUUUUGUCGUGUCUACUGGUUUCGAAAACUAACGUCCUUGGGAAUGUGCUUGGUGAUGUAGGCCGGAUAUUUUUUUUUAAUAAUACACAUUGUUUCACAUAAGUGUGCUGGAGAAAUCUUCAUGUCUGCAUAAACUAGAUUGUGUCUAAUUUACAUGUGUUCUCGAUGACAUUUUCCCAUGGUGUAACAGAUUUGGUUGAUGGUGUGUUUUACUUAAAGUGGUGAAAUUAUCUUUGCUUACACACUAGUGGUGUUAUUUUUCCUGAAAUGCCUGUAUUUAUUAUACCGCCUUCAGGUUAAACAUGCGGAUUGAUCAAUAUAUAUGAAAGAAUAACAAUGGAGUGGUGCAAUGAAAUUACUGUAACUCCGAUAAAAUAAUAUGAAUGAAUAUUUUGAUAUAAUGUGUAUGUAUCGAU